UGUACACUGCGUGAAUGGGCACAAAUAGAUGUGGGGCGGGUGGGACUUACCAGAUUACCGGUGAUUCAUUUGUUAGCCAACAAAAGCCUACAUCCAUAGAUCUAGUUUCAUGUAUACGGGAUGUUUUAGACCUAAUUGGAUACAUGUUUCACUGCUUAAUCUCAUUUCUAGCCUUUUUGAAAAGAAAAGUUUAAUUUUGAGAUGCUCCAUUAUUUACCUUUAGUCUUUUUUGUUUUGUGUGGCCUGGUUGGUAAAAAGCAAGGUGUUCCCUACGAGGAUUGUGCUGUUGGAUGGUUCAAGUACAACUUACACUGUUACCAAGUACAAAUAGGACGAGAAGAUUGGGCGUCAGCACAGAGCAAGUGUACAGAAAGAAGUGCAGUUUUAGCUAGCAUCCAUUCUGAGCAAGAAAAUAUAGUGAUUUCGUCACAGCUUCCUAAAGGGAAGUCAUUUUGGAUUGGUUUAAGUUGUCUUGAAGUAUCUGCACAUUUUGCCUGGUCCAGCAGUGAAUCCGUUGACUUCACCCUGUGGGCCAAACAGGAGCCAAAGAAAAACAGCAAUCAGUGUACAUACUUACAGCAAGAGGGAGGUAAAUGGCGAUCAACUCAAUGUGAUUCAAAAACCACAAAUCUAGUUGUCAACGGGUAUAUUUGUAAGAGGCCAUUGAAUAUACUGUUGCCUUCAUCGGAAGCCGCUUUACAUUCCAAGGGAUGUCAGUCUGGAGGCUAUGCCUAUGACGACACCUGCUAUACAGUGCACAAAGAACACAAAUCUUGGGACGAGGCUCAGAGACUUUGUGAACAUCAGAAAGGAAGUUUGGUGACUAUCUCAAACAAUGUCACGAGGACGUUUAUGAAAUCUGUUUUUGGAUCACAAACAAACAAGUAUUGGAUCGGAUUUGUCAGAAAUGAGACAUGGGCCAGCUGGUUACCUGAGCAAAACUUGACACUUAUAACUACAGAGCUUCAUAGUCUCAGCUGCUUCGCAAUCAACGCAGAUUUCCACGUUUUGGAAUUACGUCACUGUAACGACACAAUGGAGUUUAUUUGUGAAACUAGGCGCCAAGAACUUGUGGAGCAAGCAACAGACAAGCCUCAGACAUGCCCUAGCUCUUGGAUGCCUAGAAAUGACUUCUGCUACAAAUAUUUCAGUCAAAGAAAGACCUGGAUCCAGUCUCAAUCUUCCUGUCAAAAACUUGGAGGCAAUUUACCCAGCAUUCACGAUGGCGACAUACAGGAAUAUUUAUUAGAGCUAAUCAAGAAAAACCCUCCAUUACAACCAAUAUGGCUUGGUCUACGCAAUAGUCCAGAUGAAAAGUUGAAAAACUCCUUCCAUUGGAGUGACGGGACUCCAUUUGAUUACAUGAUGUGGUCUAAAGGCGAGCCAAAUAGAUUCACAGUAUCUGAGAAUUGUGUCGAGAUGUUCAACGUUGAUGGUCAUUGGAAUGACAACAAUUGUAUUCUUGUCAGGCCUUAUGUCUGUGCCAUUAGGAGAGGUCAACCAGAUGUAGCCAGUGAAACAAACACAGAAGACGCCGCCCCUGAGUGUCCAGAAAGAGACUGGAUGUAUUAUAAAGGACACUGUUACUACAUGAGCACUGAAAACAAAUCCUGGACCACUGCUCGAGACUUCUGUCAGGUCAAAGGCGGAGAUUUAGCAAGUAUCAACUCAGAAGAAGAGAAUAACUUUGUCAUGAACUUGCAAAGCAAAAAAAUGAUCAGAGAUAUUUGGAUUGGUCUGAACAAGAAAUUUAAAGAUACUUAUGUCUGGUCUGAUGGAAGUCCAGAGAACUAUCUCGCCUGGUUUAUAACACAACCUAAAGACGUUGACGGCUCAGAGAGAUGUGUGACUAUGAAAAUUGAUCAUGGGAGAUGGUUCAACAGUAGGUGCUUCAAAGAGUUGCCAUUUUUAUGCAAGAGACUAAAUGGCUCCACGAAGCCAAUCCAGGCAAUGCCAACACCUAUCUAUAACGGAGCAUGUCCUGAAGGAUUUUUUGGAAGAGGCGAUAGCAACAAAUGUUUUCGCAUCGGUGGAGUUGAUGGUGAACCAAAAUUAACAUUUUCUCGAGCAAGAGACGUCUGUAAUGAGAUGAGAGGGGCCAACUAUGCCCAGCUAGCUAGUAUUGGCAGUUCACAGGAACAAGAAAUUGUUGAGUCCCUGGUGUCUAUCCAUAAAACUAGCCUGUGGAUUGGGUUCAGAGAUGCAGACGACAAUACCUACAGCUGGUUAGAUGGAUCAGAGAAUGUCUAUAGUAACUGGGCGCAAGGUCAACCAAUCACAGUAUAUCCUCACACAAUAAAUUCUCGUCAACUGAGCUCCCUGUCCAAUACCAGCAGCAGGAAGUCACACCAUUCGAAUUAUCCCACCAUCUUGAAGUGUGUUCAACUUGUGAGUGAUGGGGAAGUACCACGUGAUCACGGCAAAUGGGAAACUGCUGACUGCAAUACAAAACACGCUUAUAUUUGUCAAGCAUUCAAAAGUCUAUCUGUUGCAACUACAACAAUGACGUCACGUGGUUGCACAGAUGGUCGGAAUAUAGAAAAUGGGAAUGUACAAUAUCUCUUUAAGGAUCAAGAGCAGGUCACAUGGCCAGAAGCAGAUCUCAGAUGUAAGCAAUGUGGCUUGAGGCUGGUCAACAUCCAUUCAAAUAUUCCCUUCCUGUUAAAACAACUGCAGACUCCAAAGUCAUUGGCUAUUCAUCAGGAUGACGUUUGGAGUGGUCCAGUGGAAAGAAAUGAUGACUCAAUGUUCAGAAGUCAGUUAUCGGACAAUUCUACACAGUACAGUGAGAAGACGUGUGUUGGUAUAAACAGACUGACAGGGAAGUGGGCGCUGUAUGACUGCUUCGAUCGACGUCUUGGUUAUAUCUGUGAAACUUAUACAGCCGAGAAAGAAAGCAACGUGACAAUAUCUAGCGGUAUCAUUUACCUGCUGCUGGGAGCUAUUGCAGUGUGUUUGUUUAUCUUGCUCGUUACACAGUUUGUCAACUAUCAAAGGAGGAAAAAAGUCACAGCCAAGAAAAGCACUAAGCUCAUGUCAGCCAUUUGAAGGAUUGUUCCAGAGAGCAAAGAAUUAACACCUGAUAAUGUGAAGUUUCAGAGAGAAUGUCAUAGUUGUCAACUUCAAGCUUCAAAAGAAUAAACUACUGUACAGCUUACAAUCUGUUCUAUUACCACAAGUCACUGUAAUAUACUAAUAGUAAUAAAUCUACCGCUCAUUGAGUUUUAUUUAAUGCUGUAUAUUAUUUCUUUUUUAAAUAAAGAAUGUUCUACAAUGA